AUGCAUGCUGCCGAUGACGGGACCAUGGUUGAUUAUACAGCCUUAGAUGAGGAGUUGUUUGGAGAUUUUUCCGAUCAUGAAGAUAAUAACCCAAGCACAUCGCAUGAUAAUCUUCGCAAUAAAAGCCAAGGGCCUACUUUCAACCAUGACCCCGAUCGGCUUUCGGAUUAUCCACACGAGGCGGCCACGUCAGGAACAGCCACGUCUCAAUCUGAGUGCUACUCACCUCCACAACCGUUCCCUAUGACGUCGGGCUCUUCCCCAACCAAGAGCCAGCAGUAUCUUGUACCUUCAGAACCUAUGGACACUGAUAUUAUUGCGCCUCUGAACCCAAACACACACCCAAGUGCUACUACGUCUACAUUCGUCAAUAGUAAUGAUUCCGGUCAAUUACUCGCGGAGAAUAUAUGUUGGAUGAAGGCCCGCAUAACCGACGUUCACCAACUACUUCUGCACUACAUCAAUCUUCGAAAUUCUCACAAUGAUAUGGCCACAAAUAUGCAAAAGGAGAUGAUACUUCGGUCUGAGACAAAAGAGGCUCUCGAAAGAAUCCGUGAGCAGCAAGAUCAGACAAGCGAGGAUAUUCCCAGGCUUCAGUUUCAAAUCGCUCAGUUGAAACUUGAUGUUCAGAAUGAACGUGCUGCCCGAACCGCAGCGGAAACAGGCAUGGCGGUUAUCAACCAAAAGCUUUGUAGCUAUGAUGAGCUGUUUUCCUCGAUGCAGGCUCGAUUGUCCGACUAUGAAGUGAUGGAGAACAUUUGGCAGAAGGAGAAGGAGAUAUUGAGAGCCCGAAUCGAGGAACUUACGACUAAAACAAGGGGUAACCUCACCCGUGGACAUUCCCCAAGGCUGGGCUCUCCUACCUGUAUGAAGGGAACCGAUCAUUUGGAGGAAAUAUCUAGCUAG